AUGGCUUUACUAUCACGCUUCUUGCAGGCUUUCGCCUUGCUUUUCCUCGUCAUCGCAGUUUCCGCUGAACACACCUCGAACUGGGCAGUGCUUGUCUCGACGUCCCGAUUUUGGUUCAACUACCGACACCUCGCCAAUGUCCUUUCGCUUUACCGAACAGUCAAGCGUCUCGGUAUCCCCGACUCGCAGAUCAUCCUAAUGCUUCCCGACGACAUGGCUUGCAACCCUCGAAAUGCUUUCCCAGGAACCGUCUACAGUAACGCAGAUCGUGCCGUCGAUCUCUAUGGCGACAACAUCGAGGUGGACUACAGGGGCUACGAAGUCACAGUGGAAAACUUUAUCCGUCUGUUGACUGAUCGACUGGACGAGGACGUCCCGCGCAGCAAACGGCUGGGAUCCGAUGCCGGAAGCAACGUAUUAGUCUACAUGACCGGACACGGAGGCGAUCAAUUCCUGAAGUUCCAGGAUGCCGAGGAAAUCGGCGCAUGGGACCUGGCUGAUGCAUUUGGACAAAUGUGGGAGAAAAAACGAUACCACGAAUUGCUGUUCAUGAUCGACACCUGCCAGGCCAAUACCAUGUACACCCACUUCUAUUCGCCCAACAUUGUAGCAACCGGCUCCAGUGAGAUCGACCAGUCUUCCUACUCUCACCACGCGGACAACGAUGUCGGUGUUGCUGUGAUUGAUCGAUGGACAUACUAUGUUCUUGAGUUCCUCGAGACCCAGGUGACAAGCGUCACUUCCAAGUUGAACCUGGGCGAUCUUUUCGAUUCAUACGAUGAAUCCAAAAUCCACUCGCAACCCGGUGUUCGGUGGGAUCUUUUCCCAGGCGGCGAGCAAGAAGGCCGCCUGAGAACUGUGGUGGAUUUCUUCGGCAAUGUCCAGAACGUGGAGGUCGAGAACGCCAAUGCAACUGAGCCUGGCUCGCUGAAGGAGGAUUUGGCUGAAAUUGCCCGCCUCGUUGAGAAGUGGCAGAAGCGUGACGAGGAAUAUGCAGACGUGCUUUCCGCUCGGAAUACCACAGAUGACUCGCCUACAGCUUCCUUGCAUUUGAAGCCGAAGGGAAGGGUUGGGCCGACCAAGAUGGCCGAAGACGGCAGUUGGGGAAAACGACUGGUUGGCAUCACCGUUGUUGGAGCUUGCACCGCAAUCUGGAUCGCUGGCUCGGUCUUGGGUCGCAAAAGUGUUUAG